UAAAACCAAGUGGUUGCCAGGCAACGUUGUGUCAACAUCACCUUACUGCGUCGUGUCGCGUUGGGAAAACAGCAGCACAUCUGCUUUACGAGGAUAUAACCACACACCAGCAUCAUGAGUGGGCACUUUGAGGAUUCUGAGCCUGUGCUGAUGAAUGAUGAGAUUUUGCGAAAAGCAAUUGAUGAGCAAACUUCUCAAGAUCAGACAGAGAGAACUGCAAAAGCAGGGGGGUUACCAUUUAAUGAAGUCUACAAAAUACGUCUGGAAUACAAAAACAUUCUUAUGAUUAGCCACUUGAAGGAUCUCACAUCUUUGACGAGGCUAGAUCUGAACAACAACAUGAUCGAGAGAAUUGAAGGUGUGGACCAUUUGCGGAAUCUGACUUGGCUGAAUCUUUCCUUUAACAGGAUAAAGAAAAUUGAAGGUCUUGACUCUCUGACGAAGCUGGAACUGUUGAAUUUGACUGACAACAAAAUCUCUGCCAUUGAAAACAUGGACAGUCUGCAGAAACUUACUAAUUUUGGCAUUGCAAACAACCUCAUCCCACAGUUAGAAAAUGUUAUCUAUCUUAGGAAACUUAAGAAUUUGCUGACCCUUAACCUUUAUGGAAACCCCAUCUCUGAGGAGAAAGACUACACAUUGUUCAUUGCUGCACACUUUCCACACUUGAUGCACUUAGACUACAGACUACUGGACGACACAACAAAAAAUGAAGCAUCAAUGAAAUACCAUUGUGUUAUUGAGGAAAUGAGGCUUGAAGAGCAGCAGAAACAACAGAAAGAGGAUGCUGAGAAAAGCCUUGAAGCUGAACUCCAGUUACACAAAGAUGCAUUUGUGGAGUUCCUCAAUGGAUCUCAACUUUUUCAAAGCAUGAUCAAAGAAGAUCCUGAGGCUGACACUCUACAGUGUGUGACAGGAGUAGCUCAUCUGCUUCACACAUUUGAGGAGCAAAUGGUGGAACUCUGCAUGCAGUUAUUUCAAACAGGCCUGGCUGAGCAUCAACAACGAGAGGCAGAGGUCAACUUAUUCCUCAGUGCUCAGACGCAGGCUGUGACUGAGUACCAGCAGAAGGCGUCACAGACAUUAAUGGAAUUUGAAAGUAAACACAAAAAGAAUAUAUCGAAGUUACAGCAAGUAUCAGACCCUGACUCACUGCAGAUCAAGAUCAGCUGCCACAGUGAUGAAAUUAAUCAGCUGUGUAACACCCUCAUGUCAAUGGAGUUUCAGCUGGUCAGUCAGCUGGAGGAAACCAUAAAAAAGUUGGAAAUCAGUAUUUCAGAAAUGGUUGGGAAUUUCACUGAAUUUGUUCAAGGGAUAUUUGCACAACUUCGAGAGAUGGAGGAUAACUAUUAUCGAAAAGUGAAAGACAUUGCUGCGGAAACUUUGAAGAAAGUAGCGACAGAAGGCCAACACGAGAAUAUUCCAAAGGAAGUUAGAAGACUGUUUACAGACAAAGACGCAGUGAUGGAUGCACUGGCCACUGCCCACGAUAACCAUCUGCAGAAGAUAAAUGACAGAGAGACUCAGUUGGUGACGCGUGUUGAUGCCUGGAGAGUGGGCCUCAUUAAGGAGAUUCAAGACAAAGAACUCCAGCGGAACCGCACCUGCGUCUUAGACAUCCACAAAUACACAGACUAUUCACAGGAUCAGCUGGAGGAGUUUCUGUACAGUGAACUAUGAAAUUUCCUUCCAGAACAUUCUAUCAUCUUGUUUUUUUAAUUGCCUUAUAAGCGAUAAAUGGUCUAAAAAUGUUUUGAACUGUCUAUUUAGCUCGCUUUCACCAACUGUGAAAAACAAUUUUGUAAAUCAAAGGAGGUAAGAGGAUUAUAUUAAAAAUAUAUACAGUAUAAACGAUAUAUAAUCUUUUUUGUCACGUUUGCAUACCACUAUGAUUAAAAGAAAACAUUUAAGAAACCUUUUGGAAAUGUGUCUAAAA